ACAAUCAAGCGACAGAAUCGGAUAAGAAGUAGGCGAAUGUGUGCGUUCGGUUUCAUUUCGAAGAAAUAUCAAUGAAAAGAAAAACCAUACAUUCGUAUUGUGUCUAUUAGUGCAAAAAUAAUUACACAUAAUUCGCUUGAGAAAUUGUAUAUUUUAAAGUGGUUCGUGUCAAGUAAUUCGAAUUGUCAACAAUGAAUAACUAAUUUCGGGUUGUUUGUAAAAUAAUUGGUGGUAAAAUUCUGCCAUAAAGCAGAAAAAAAUCAAUCAACAUCGGUUGGUCGACAAUGAAUUGUGUAAAUUGAAAAAAAAACAAACAAACAAACAUGGGGUAGACAUGAAUGGAUGUGAAGAAGAAGCGGUACAAAAAAAAGUGAAUUAUUGAUUUUUCCACAUGUGCAUGUGAACGAGGCUUUUCUUUUCUUCGGAAUCUAUUUUGUUUAUUGAUUUUUUUUUUCUGUUGUUGGAUGCCAUAAACAUAAGCACAAUGAAUGUAUAUUUUUUUCGGAUUGAGAUACAAUGUGCCCAGUUUUUGGGGAGGAAACAAAUUCAGGAGUUUCCUCGAAUUAUCCCAUCGACGUAGAAUAUUCCAAGAUCGUUUGAAAAAAAAAACACUAUUUGUUAAAUACAUUCGAUAUUUAUAUUAACACAUAAUUGGGGAUCUAGAGAUGACAACACUAUUGCCCAAUUCCCAAGCAUGUUCUCAAGUUGAAGUCUAUGAGGAUAUGUUUAAAGAAAUCACAAGAAAAUUAUACGGUGAAGUUUCUGAAUCAAGUCAAAGUUUACAAACACCAGCAACUCAUAUUGCACCAAUCGGCCCAGAUGUGGAGCGUUCAUUUAUAAAUUUGUUAUCGGAUAGAAAUGGGACAUUGAAUGAUUUUGAGCACGGUGGUGUUGUGGCCGAAAAUGUUAGUUCGCUUAAGAACGAUGAUCAUUUGACUGCCUUUGGAUUGGCAUUGAUGCACAAUGGAUUUCCAACGCCAAACUCGAUACUAAAUAGCCAAACAUUUCAACAAAUUAACAAACAAAAUCAAACAAACUUUGUGUCAUCAAGCAGUUUGGGUUCAUCUACCCAUGGACCGAAUGAUGCUUCUGGUGAAAUGAUUACACUAAAGGAAACGACACAACACACAAACGAACUGAAUGUAUGGAAUUCGAAAGCCGAAAACUACCAACACUCACAAAAACAAUUCAAGAACAAAAAAGUAGAAAUAAGUGAAAAUUCAAUGAUGUUACAUUCACCAAACAAUCUUUUACCAAAUGAGUCCUUAAAAUCGACGAAUAGCAUGAACGGUUGUACGAGUGGAGUGCCAAUUCAACAGACAAAUGCUAGCAAUGGUCAAACACUGCAAAAACGUUACAAUUGUUCGAAUUGUCCUUAUUCAACGGAUCGCCGAGACUUGUUUACUCGCCAUGAGAACAUACACAAAGAGGACAAACCAUUCCAUUGCUACGUAUGUUUAAAACAAUUCAAUCGUGCUGACCAUGUCAAAAAGCACUUCUUGCGAAUGCACCGAGGACUCAACUAUGACAAUGGUCGUACAAAACGAUCGCUGCCCCAACAAAAAACCAAGAAAAAUAAUUCUUCCGGAUACUAUAAUCAGACGAACAAUGCACACAGCGGUGUCAACAUGUCAGCCAACUUUCACACAUCGCUGCCAAACCAGCAACUAGAGCAGCAGCAAUCGCAGUCAUCAAUUAUUGAUCGAACAAGCCAACAUUUGGGCAAUCCAUUUCAUUCGCAUGCUGCGACCGCGUCAAAUCAUCCAAAUGCAUCGCAGCCAUUGAGUGUGAAAGUGGAAAAAAUCGUUGAAAAAACAACAAAAAAAGGCGACAAGCGAUCCUUCAUGUGUUGCUACUGUUCAUGGUCGGGUUCAGAUAACUGGGGUCUAAAACGACACUUGAAUACCCACACGAAGCCGUUUGUGUGCGUCUUAUGCGACUAUAAAGCUGCCCGCUCCGAGAGGCUAGCCACACACGUAUUUAAAGUGCACAACAAAAAGGUCUGCACAAAAUGUAACUAUUUGGCAGAAAAUCAAAGUGAAUAUGAUGCUCACAUCAAUGAUGCACAUGCAAAUGAAACACGAUCACGAAGUACUCCAGCCACAAAUUCAUCAGACAUGAGAACAGCGGCAAAUAACAUCUCACGAAAUAUAAACAAUAGCUUUAGUACAAGCAAUUCAUUCAAUGUUAUGCAGGGCUCGACAUCCGCGCACAAUUGGCGAACGAUGGUAGGCGAUGCCAGUGUCAGUUCACCGAGCACAAUGAAAUCUAAUGUGAACAGCAAUGUCAAUCAGAAAAAGGGUGCUGAGCGGCUUUUUCAAUACUUCGAGGCUGACGACAGUGAUCCAGAGGAUUAUGCACGACAACUACAAAUGGCAGCCAUUAGCAGGAACACACAGUGCGUGGCGCAGGAUUUUCAUAAUGCGGGAGGUGGAAAAACUAAGGGAAUACAAUAUGCUGAAAACUCAAUGGAAAAAUUGCAUUGUUAUGGAAUGAAUGGACAGAAAUUUAUCAGAAUUUUUUUACAUUCAAUCGAUUUCAACAUAAAUUCUAACACAAAGAAUACAAAAAACACGGUGCCCGAUCAAAGAUUGACAAUGGGACCGAGUAUUUCACCUCCCGCAAACCAGAAACAAAUGUCGGAUCAAUCAUUGGAAAGAUCAAUUUCAUUUGAUCACGAACAUAACAAAGAAAAUAAUCUAGUUUUAUACGAAAUUUGUGGUAAGAAUAGUUUUGAUUCAAUGUCAGCAUCUUAUUGCAAUUGACACAGUUAUUCCUGUGAAAUUUUUUUUUCAAAUUAUCGGUUUAUAAUGUAAUGUGUUUUGACGAACAAAAAAAAGAUGAAUUGUUGAAAUUGUGAUAAGAAUCCAAUAUAAACAUUGAAUACAUUUUACAUACAGUGCUCUUGAUCCUAAACCUUGAGCUACUUCAAUUAUCAUACUACACUGGAAAAAAAUGUCAACUAUUGGAAAUAUUACACGUAAUUGAUAUAAUUCAUUGAAAAUCUAUGGAAUUUCUCUAUUGUGCAAACAUUGAUCCAAUAAAAAUCCGAACUAUUUUUGCAGUA